AGGCUGCACUUGGAGCUAGAUUAAGGACGGCCGCCAUUACUGAAGUCAGUCACAAAACCUAAUGAUGGACCCCCGUACCAGUGCCCAGGAUGUGAUGCGAUGUGACCUGUGUGAGACCGCUGUGGUACAGAUGCACUGUGAUACAUGUCUUGUCAAGCUGUGUACAGCUUGUGUAGGAAAACACAUGAUAUCCGAUGAAUCCAAGGACCACAAAGUCGUUAAAUUUCAGGCCAGGAAAUUCACUCCCCUCUACCCUGUAUGUACAUCUCAUGAGAAAGAACGAUGUGAAAUGUACUGUAAACAAUGUGACAUUCCUGUCUGUCUUAGCUGCCUUGCAUCCAAACAACAUUUAGGACAUGAAUUAUCAAAAAUCUUGCAAGUUGUGGGGGAAAAGAAUGACAUGAUUACAAAAGAGAGAAAUGAAUUAAAUGAUACAAUUUUCCCCACAUACCAAGAUAUUGCCUCUGAUGUAAAAAACAGAAUGAGUCAGUUAGAAAAGGAAUAUGGGUAUCUCUCAACAGCCAUAACAAAACAUGGAGAGGACUGGCACAGAGAAAUUGACAAACUUGUCAAGAAACUUAAAGCUGAAGUUGUUGAGAUGAAAAACACACAGUUACAAACUCUACAGAAACAUCUGGAUGAAAUAAACAAAACAAUGUCUAUCAUCAAAUAUGAAAUUAAUUCAAUGGAAACUGCAAUAGACACCAAUGACUUGUCAAAACUAUCAAGUGUCAUGUCCAAUGUACACACAUACAGAAAUCUUCCACACAAAAUUAUACCAUCUUUACCCAAAUUCAUUCCAGGAAAAAUCCAAGAAGAAGAAAUUAGUACACUAUUUGGAGCCUUAUCCUCAAGUUCUUUAACAUCAGAUAAACAUGGCUACAGUAUGAAGACAACACAGAAAUCACCAGAAGCUGGAUUCUCUCCUGCAGUCAAACAGCUGCUUGAUAAACCAGAGACAGUCACCAACAUAGACACUGGGUAUAUCUUGAGCAUUUACAAUGUGGCCUGCUUGAAUGAUGAAGAAAUCUGGACAAGUGGAAAUGACAACACCAUGAAACUCUUAAGCAUCAAUCAGGGAUCACUACUCAAGUCAAUCACAACCAGGUCAAAGAACAGACCAUCUAACAUAGCAGUGACAAAAAGUGGAGAUCUAGUUUUUACUGAUCACAAUGAUAGAACUGUGAACAUUGUGAAGAAUGAGAAGAUAGAGAAGGUGAUCAGACUACAGAACUGGAGACCUAAAGGUGUCUGUAGUACCUCCUCUGGUGACCUCCUGGUUAUCAUGGACAGUGAUGAUGACAAACAAACAAAAGUUGUCUGUUACUCUGGCUCCUCAGAGAAACAAACCAUUCAGUUUGAUAAUAAAGGUAAACCUCUCUAUUCACCUAGUUCUUAUGAUUUAAGAUACAUUACUGAGAACAAGAACCUGGAUAUCUGUGCGUCUGAUGAGGGAGCUAAAGCAGUAGUGGUGGUCAAUCAGGCCGGGAAACUGAGAUUCAGUUACACUGGACAUACUCCUGUUCCAAAGAACCAACCAUUCUGUCCACUAGGAAUCACUACAGACAGUCAGAGUCACAUCCUUACAGCCGAUUAUAAGAAUGACUUUAUCCACAUCAUAGACAAGGAUGGAAAGUUCCUCUGUUACAUAGACUGUGGACUGAGUGAACCCAGGGGACUGUGUAUAGAUACAAAUGACAAUCUGUUUGUUGCUCAAGUGUGGAAGAAAGAAGUGAGGAAAAUCAAAUAUCUGACGUGAAAUCUUUGAGCAUUUUACAGUAAAACAUGACAAUGAUUCAUCUUAAAAUUAUGAUUAUAAGUCACUCUAAGAUAAUGCAUGUUAAACUGUAUGUUUCCCCAUAAAGAAACAUUCAUACAAGGGCACCACAAAGCAGCAUAUCCCCUCACAUAGAGCAUAUCUACACUGUAUACAAUUUUUAAAAGUAUUUUUAAUUUAUCCAAGCUUUGCUAGUUUAAAUUCUGAAUUUAUUUUCAAAAUUUCAUUUAUAUACUGUAAAUCAACUUUUAUUUGCAACGACUUCAUUAAGCGAUUUACCAUGGGUAGACUGGUUUGUGAUGAUUUAUUUUUGCAAUCAAGCCUUUUUUGGAUCUGUUGUUAAUAGUCCAGAGACUUUAUGGACCGGUUCACGGCGAGAAAUAUUUGCGACAUAAUAGCUCUCGCGAACCUCCUCAGCUAUGUCAAGGACCAAUAUGGGAAAUGUGACCUUAAAAUUGUUUUAUAAUAUUAUGUAUUACUUCUUUUAAAAAUUUGUAACAAAGCAA